AUGUGGUUCGUUUAUCAGACGCCGGAUUGCAAUGAGUCCAUAAGGCGAGCUGGCCCAUAUCAACAGGGUACACUUACGUUCGUGGGUCGGGAAAAUGCCAACGGAUUGGGUAAGAAAUCGGUCUCUUGUGUACGACCUGCGCUUCGGCUCCUUAAUUGGCCAGUACCUGACUCGCCAUACUUAAAAUCUGUUCCACUCUCGGCGCACUUCACUCAUAAGAGCACUACUCAACCCAUUUGGUUUAGGCCAAUGAAAGACUGGGAGCUGGAUUCCCCCACGGCCGGGUGA